CAUGAUAAAAUAAGGUUCAUGUUUAUAAAGAAGUUUCCCAGCAGUCUGGUGGUAGUUUGUGGCCCCUCAGUUGUUUCCUUGCAGCACUGACGCCUCCAUCAGGACAACACUGCUGUCAACUCAUGUGACGGAUCAAGGUCCGUGGAAGGAGCUGCCAAUCGCUGCAGACUAAUCUCCCGCGAAUCAAAAGUGAAUUCCUGCCUGAACUGUGUCAGAGCAGCUCAGUCCCGCGGAGCUCAGAGGAAGUGGAUCUCUCCCAGUGUGAAGAGGAGCGCUAAGCUGCAGCUGCACACCAUGAUACCCAGGCUCGUGCUGUGCUCACAGGCUCUACGGAACAACUGUGUGUUCUCCACAUGUGCAAAGGUUCUGCAGAGACCGUGGACACGUCACCCAGGAUCACCUACAGCCACUCGUUGCAUUCAUGUGGACUCUCCGCCCGUCGUCCCAACUCUCACUACCAGCUACGUCCAUGGCACGUCUUCCACAUCUUUGCUCCACACUACAGUUGGAGAGUCCCUGCUGAGGACAGUGGAGCGCUGGCCUGAUCAACAGGCCAUGGCCUUUCUGCAAGACGGAGUUCGCAAGACCUUUGCACAGUUUCAGCAAGAUGUGGAUCAAGCUGCAGCCGGACUGCUGGCACUUGGGCUGCAGAAAGGAGACCGGCUCGGCAUGUGGGGACCCAACACUUACGAAUGGAUCCUCAUGCAGUUUGCCACAGCCAAAGCUGGCAUUAUACUGGUGUCAGUGAACCCAGCCUACCAGCUGCAGGAGGUGGAGUUUGCAUUGCGGAAGGUUGGGUGUAAAGCUAUCGUGUGCCCCACGCAGUUUAAGACUCAGAAGUACUGUGACAUGCUGAGAAAGAUAUGUCCAGAGAUCGAGUCGUCCGCCCCAGGAGACAUCAGGAGUGCCAGGUGUUACCAGGGAACAACUGGCGCUCCAAAGGGUGCCACCUUGACUCAUCACAACAUCGUCAACAACAGCUACUUUAUUGGUAUAAGAGUGGGAUACUCCUGGAAGCAUCACAUCGCCUGCAUCCCUGUGCCUUUGUACCACUGCUUCGGCUCUGUGGGCGCUGGAAUGUGCAUGGCUGUGCACGGCCUCUCCCUGGUCUUCCCCUCUGCUGGGUAUGAUGGGAGGGCCAAUUUAGCAGCAAUAGAGAGUGAAAGGUGCUCGUUCAUCUACGGCACCCCCACCAUGUACGUGGACAUGAUUAACCAGCCGGAUUUGGCAAAAUACGACCUGUCAUCAGCCGAGGCAGGCAUCAUGGCUGGUUCCCCGUGUCCUCCAGAACUUAUGAGGAAGAUUGUUUCUGUGAUGGGCAUCAAGGGAAUGACAAUUGGAUACGGCACCACGGAGAACAGCCCCGUCACCUUCUUAGGCUCCCCGACAGACAACAUGGAGAGGAAGUCUGAGACCGUCGGCUUCAUCUGUGACCACAUAGAGGCUAAAAUCGUGGACCCUUCAACAGGAGAGCUGCUGCCUCUCGGGACGAUGGGCGAGAUUCUGAUCAGAGGUUACUGUGUGAUGCCGGAGUACUGGGGGGACGAAGCCAAAACACAAGAGUGCAUCACUAAAGAAGGAUGGUAUAAAACUGGAGACAUCGGCAGAAUGGACGGGUUCGGUUACUGUCGCAUCGAGGGCAGGAUUAAAGACAUGAUCAUCAGAGGAGGAGAGAACAUUUACCCAGCUGAGAUCGAACAGUUCCUGCACACACACCCCAAAGUCAAGGAGGCACAGGUGGUCGGAGUGGAGGAUGCUCGUAUGGGUGAAGAGGUCUGUGCCUGUAUCAAACUCAUUGAUGGAGAGGAAUGCACUGUAGAAGAAAUCAAGGCUUACUGCAAGGGACAGAUCGCUCACUUCAAGAUCCCUCGCUAUAUUCUGUUUGUGACCAGCUACCCCCUCACCAUUACUGGAAAGAUCCAGAAACACAAACUACGCAUAGAAGCAGAGCAGCAGCUCGGACUGAAGAAGGAGAAGUGAGUCAUGGAUGAAGAGAAUUUAGUUAUUGAAUAUUGUCUUACACAAACACAGGGAUUGGCAAUUUUCUUACUGUCAAUAAAUCCCAUUAAAAGAUCAAAACCAACAAUUGAUCCAACUACAACUUGCAUGUGUGCACAAAAACACAUCACGCUGAGUGUUCCUUCAUUUCCCUGAGCACACACACUGCAGUUCAUUUUGACUUUUGCACUGUCUUCCUGUUGGAAUAACGUUUGCUAAAAAUUCCUGUGACCAGAUGUGGAUGGAUGGAUGUGGAUUUGGUCUUUUCAUGGGAUUUGUUGACAAAAAGAAAAAUCUAGAAUAACACCAGCCAUAUCUUUUAUUACCCUCCUACUAUAUAAUAUAGGUGUAAUAAAACAUGUGAACUUAGAGCAGACUGAAGAUCGGUGCAGAACUGUUGAACCCCCCUGUUCUCUAGAGUUCUUUUUUUAUCCUGCAAAAAUAACAAACUAUUAAAAUAUUUUUACAUCCAUUUGAAAUAAACUUUGUACCACAUUAUUAAAACCA